AUGUCGAAAAUGUUAGAUUUGCGAUACAAUGAGAUGUGGAACGACUGGCAAGGUACGGACGACGAUCUUGGCCCUGACCUCACCAACAAACAGUAUGUGCACCAAAGUCUGGUACUGUCGUGGAAAAAACUCAACGUCUCUGUGCAAACCGUCACCCAGAAGUAUUUCUCGUCUUCCACGGUCGAGUACAAGCAGAUUUUGUGUAACGGUCAGUACGAUUUCAAGCCGGUAUUGAACAGCAUGCCUUAUAAUGGAUAUUUAAAUUAAAAUAUUUUUUACACCACAAUUUUCGGAAUUUUUUUUUUUAUCUUUUCGUACGAUUGAAAAACGGAAUGCUCAAAAAUUCAACAGAAAUUCAUAAUUUAGCAUUCCCAAUAACACAAGCAUCGUAGAAGAAUAUUAUAGCGAUGUAUUUCAUGGUUUUUAUUUGUUUUGGAAAAAAGCUUGGUUGCAUUUUGUUACAUCUCCUUUAUUUUUGUGCCAAUUGCAAUAGCACGUUUAUAUUUUUCAUAUUAAAAUGGAUAAGAAAAAAAAAAAAAUAUUUUUCUCGUAUUAAAUAGUUAUUUCUAUUAAUUCGGAUUAUAUUCAAUAUAAUAUGUAUAAUCACUAAAUUUGGCCAAUCCAAAAUUGGCAGGAUGAAUGUGAAUGAAAAUAAGAAAAACAAGUAAUUAAUAAAUAUAAUAAUCAAUUCAUAUUGUGCACGUUAUUUGUUUUUUUUUUUUUUUUUAUUGUUGAGAGAAUAUUAUAACUAUUCAUAUUUAUACGCUUUUUUAGUUAGUGGAAACGCAAAGAGUGGAAGCCUUUUAGGAAUAAUGGGACCCAGGUAGUAAUAAUAAUUAUCAAUUAACAAUCAUACAUUCUAUUGAUAGUUUUUAAAUGUUUUGUUUUACAUUCAGUGGCUCGGGCAAAACGACAUUGAUGUCCACUAUAAGUCAACGAACGAAAGGUCCGUACAUAAUGUUUCAAAUUUAAUACCUGUACGAGAUUUUAUGUUCAGCGAUUGAUUUGUCGAUUUUUUUUCAGUAGGAAAUUUUGACGGCGAACUAUUGCUCAACGGGCAACCGGUAUCCGAAGAAUUGAUGAUGAAAAUAUCCGGUUUCGUUCCUCAACACGAUUUCAGUAUUGAACAGUUGACAGCUUUAGAACACUUGUCUUUGAUGGUAACUAUUUUUCAACCAACUUCAAAAAAGGAGGAGGUUGUCAAUUCGACUGUUUUUUUUUUUGUUCGUUUGUUACGCGAUUAUUCUGCCAAUUAUGAAUUGAUUUUGUUUGGUUGGUCAUACUUCAGAGUUGGUCUAUAUAAAUUUUAUCGAAAUUGAUACAAUGCCUUUUGAAAAGUUCAUAAAAAAAAAUAGACUUUUUUAAUUGAGUUCGAUACACACAAUUUUUUCAAAUUGUAAAAACGGUGAAUUAAUGAAUACGAUUUCUAUCCCAACCGAAACGUAAUACGUUUAAUGUAUACAUUUUAUAACUAGAAUUAUUUUUGACACGUUCAUUUUUCAACGCGAUUCUAGGCUAAACUGAAUAUGGACCGGAACACGACCGAAAUCGCUCUGAACGAGAACGUCGAUCACAUUGUGUCCACGUUGGCCAUGGACAAAUUCGCCCACACGAGGAUAUCGUUUUUAUCGGGCGGUGAGCGGAAAAAAGUCGCACUUGCCGUUCAGNCCCAUACUGUUCUGCGACGAGAUCACCACCGGCUUGGACAGUUAUUCGGCCGCGCACAUCGUCAACACCCUGAAGAACGUCGCGCGGACGGGCAAGAUCGUCGUGUGCACGAUCCACCAGCCCGCGUCCGGCGUGUUCAGAAAGUUCGACGACGUUAUCCUGCUCACGGAAGGGCGUCUCGCGUACCAGGGACCCGUGACCAUGGUCAAUCAACUGUUUCAAAAGUACAAACGUGGAUAUUUGAACAACCGUUAAAUAAAAUUUAUUAUAAAUCUUUGAUGUGUUUUACGACGUGCCCACCACCGAUUAUUUUCUUGUAAGGUUCAAUUACGUUUAUCCGAACAUGUUCAACGAGGCCGACUACGUGAUUUCCAUUCUGAACUCCGACAAAGAGACCGUCAAGAGGGACGUGGAUGAAAUGUGCAAGUUGUCUUUUACCGAGUGCCGAUUAAAUCACAAUUACGACACGUUCAAUAAUCAAGUAAUCAACAAUCGUUUCUAAUUCAAUUUCGUAUUGAAAUACCACACACCUAGUGCUUUUCGAUUAUUCCUGUGAGAAAUUAAUCGAAAAAGCAUACAAUUGAUAGUUGAAAAAACGAAUUGCGUUUAUCGCUAAUUGUUAUUUUCGAUUGAUACCAUAUACCACUGCAAUUUACUACGGUAAUGAUCGAGCAUUCAUAUGUUUGAGAAUCUUCAUAAUACCCAAACAGAUCAUAAACAUCGAUGUAUUUUUGGUAUGAGAUAAGCUGUUUUAUUUUGUGAUGCGCGCUUGGGCAAUUUAAAACGGCCGCCAAUAAAUAGUGACCUGAGAAUGAAAUUUAGGUGGUAAACAAUAGGAAAAUUAGGUGUUUCAUUUUUCUUCGGUUUAUAAAUUUCAAAUAGCCAAAAAAAUUAACGAGUUAUCGGGAUUUUUAUUUUCAAAAUAACAGAAAAAACCAAAUCUGUCUAGUUCACUUAGCUAUGAUUUCAGUUUAAAAUAUGGAAAAUAUGGAAAAAAAAAAAAAAAAAUUAAUUUUAGAAACAUUUUUAAUGUUCUAUUUUUGCGCCCUAAAUUUCAUUCUCAGACCACUGUACAAUGGUGUGUACAUGUUAAUUUUCGGAAAAUAUCGAGAUGAUUAAUUUUUUAAAAGAAGGAUAACAACGUGAUUAAUUAAUAUUUACGCCUAGUUCUUUGUCAGUCUAACUAAGACAGCGUGUUGUGCCUUCUGUGAAAUUUGAUUUUAAGAACAUAUUCCCAAUUAGUGAUUAGUGAUUUAUAUAUUCUAAUUUCUCUUACGAGGCUAACAAAAUUGUUUUGAUUUUACGUUAUAAAACCAAGGGGGUAUACAUAAUUAGUGAUAAGGGAAUAAAAGAAUCAUAAAAUAACAGGUGAUAAGUAUUCUAGCUUAAAAAAUGCUAGGUAAAAAUAAUUAAGAGCCUCUUCUGAAAAUUUUUUCUGACUACGGUAUUGCAUCGCGAUAUUUUAUGUACAAAUAUAACCAGCACAGUAUACAAAACGACUUAUAAUUAAUUUUUCAGAAACGAAUGGACUAUAGACAUUAUUUGCACAUGUAAGUAUAUAAUUUUGUUUAUUUUUGAAUAAUUAACGUCACUAAUAUCUUCAUGGAUUGGGAAAUAAUACCCGAAAGAUAAUAUUCCAAAGGUAAAAUUAUGCGAAGAAAAAAUAUCUAAUGGAAAAAGGUUGAAAAAAUAAAAAUAGAACAUAGGUAUAUAAAUAGUUUGUAGGUCCGUGAAAAUGUUUAAUAGUGACUUUUCUAAUAUUAUUAUUAGGGAUAUUAUUAAUAUCCGAAUAAACAUUUUUUCUUCAGAACUUUUUUUUUUUUUUUUUUUUACAAAAAUGAACAUAUCGUUAUCGUUAUUUGUUUAUUUAGAGAAAAACCAAUUUGGAGAAAACAAUUUACGUUGAUUUUUGGCAGAUCGACCAAAUGUUUCCUUAGAAGUUUCCAAUCUAAACUACUGGAAUUAGGAAUCCUCAUGGUAUAAUUACAACAUAUACCUAUUUGUUAUAAUGACGUUAUGACCUAUUAUUUUCAUUUGUAUUGUAUUUCAUGCUACGUGACUUUGCAUUUGAUGAUAGAAAAACAAACAUUUAACAACCCGAUCUUAACAAAACCCGAGUAUUUAUUACACCCAAAAUAUAUGCAGUGUUUUUUUUUUUUUUUUUUUUUUAAUUCUGUUUUAUGUUUUGGUUAAGUUGUUAGGCGUUAUUAUCUCGUCACCGUAUGCAAACAUCACGUUCGAUAAUACAGAAGCGGUACAAAAUUGGGAAGGAUUUUGGUUGGUGUCCGUCACCGAACUCGUGAUUCACAACAAUUAUUUGGCCGUCGCGUUUUACGAAGAAAGGUUUACCGUUGUUCACCGAGAAGUAUACAAUAAAACGUAUCCGUUGAGCGCGUACUUUGUUUCCGAAUUAUUGAUUGCGGUAUGCAGUACGCAUUGGACGUCUUACAUUAUUUACAAUUCGAAUCAAACCACUAUUGUAUAAAUAAUAAAUAUAUGAAUAUGAAUUUUUUUUUUUUACUGCAGAUGUUUUGGCUGAUUAUAAAAUUGCUGUUUUAUUGCAUUACUGCGUUCACCAUCGUCGGUGUCGAAUGGGGUCUCGCGGAACUAUUUGUAUAUUUCGUAAUAUCAGUUGCGGGGUUUUCUUACGGUAAUCAAACUAAUAUCACUACUGUUGUGUAUCUACGUACGUAUAGAACGCCGUUAUAUGGGUUAUGCUUUCUGAGGGUAUUCUUUUUGUUUGUUAGAUUCUAAACGUACAGAGGCAUCCAUUAGUUUCACUAUUUACGUGUACGCUUUUUGUGCGUUUGAGCAACUUUGA